AGUGCCCCGACGUGCUGCGGUACCUGGGCGGAUCAGAUCGUCGAACAGUAACCAACAUUUCGACCAGCGAAACCACCACCACCGAUCGCAGCCUUGUCUGUCACUCCACGGUCCAACGAAUCGCUAGUCAGACGAAUCACCGCAGCUGGCGUGAUGGGUGAUAGACUCACUCAACUGCAAGAUGCUGUGGACCAGCUCGCCCAGCAGUUCGUCGCGAGCUUCCACUUUGUCCAUCGACGCCAUGAUCUCGAGCUUCUCGGUCCCAAUGAUAAAAUCAGAGAGGUCAAGCAAGAUCCCGAACAGAAGGAAGUCGACCCCCUCCCGCCCGAUGAAUUCAAGGACGGCCUGGCCGAACUGGCGCGCGACUUAAUCAUCAAAGAGCAGCAGAUCGAAGUCCUCAUAUCCACCCUUCCGGGUUUGGAUAGCAGCGAGGCCGACCAGGAGCGCUAUAUACGGGAAUUGGAGGACGAGCUGAAGGUUGCCGAGGCGCAGAGGCAGGACGCGAUCAAGGAGAAGGACCAGAUACUGGCAAAGCUCGAUGAGGUGAUCAGGAGCAUUCGGCGGCCAUGAAUUCAACAACACCAUGGGUACAGAAGGGCUUUGUGCGACUGGGUGGUUACAUGGUGGUGUUUUGGGCGUUUAGAGGGUAUAGAAAACGGGGGUAUGUAUAAUGAUAUAUCUAUGGACUCAAUGA